GGAAGAGCCAGUGUGUGGGUGCAGUUCAUCUUCGCUUGACGCUAAGUCGUUGAUAGUUCUUCAUCUUGAUAAAUACAUUAAAAAAGCAUAUUCCUACGUUUUAAAUCCGAACCCGAAGUUCUUAUCCAGACUCUUCAACAGCGCCUUCGUCAGGAUGAGCUUCUUGUUUGGCAGUCGCUCAUCUAAGACCUUCAAGCCGAAGAAAAACAUCCCAGAAGGAUCGCACCAGUAUGAGCUGCUAAAACACGCCGAGGCGACGCUGGGCAGCGGGAACCUGAGACAGGCUGUCAUGCUGCCAGAGGGAGAGGAUCUCAAUGAAUGGAUCGCUGUGAACACCGUGGACUUCUUCAACCAGAUCAACAUGCUCUAUGGCACCAUCACUGAGUUCUGCACCGAGACCAGCUGCCCUGUGAUGUCUGCAGGACCAAGGUAUGAGUACCACUGGGCCGAUGGGACCAAUAUUAAAAAGCCAAUCAAAUGCUCUGCUCCCAAGUACAUAGACUACUUGAUGACCUGGGUGCAGGAUCAGCUGGACGAUGAGACGCUUUUUCCUUCUAAGAUCGGAGUUCCUUUCCCCAAGAAUUUCAUGUCUGUGGCCAAAACAAUCCUGAAGCGCCUCUUCAGGGUUUACGCUCACAUCUAUCAUCAACAUUUUGACUCUGUGAUGCAGCUGCAGGAGGAGGCUCACCUCAACACCUCCUUCAAGCACUUCAUCUUCUUCGUCCAGGAGUUCAACCUUAUUGACAGGCGAGAGCUUGCUCCCCUGCAGGACUUGAUCGAGAAGCUUGGAUCUAAAGACAGAUAGACACGUCAUCACAUAUAUCAACCUUUCAGUUACCUUUUUUUUUUUUCUCCUUUUCCAUUUCUCUCUUUCUACCUCUGAUUUGUAGCCUGAACUUGUAAAGAAUAAUCUGUGCCUUCUUAGGAGGCCCUUAAUGUUUGUACUGAAUGUUUACUUUUAUUUCUUUCUGUUCUAUACAGAUUUUGAGCCUUUUUACCCUCUGACUUCUAAAACAAAAAAAGUGUUGUAAGGCAACAACAUUUUGGACUGUGGUUAAUGGCUUCAGGAGCUAUCUGCUGAAUUUUAUAUUGGACCAAGGCGAGCGCGCUCCAGGUGAAACCAGCUUCUGUUUUUCAGGAGAUGCUAUAAAGUGUUUGGUUUUUCUAAACACUUGAAUGCUUUUUGUUAACUAUGGGUUAUUGUAAUUGCAAUAAUUGACCAAAUAUCCCAGUAUUGUUUUUUCUUUCCUAUAUAGACAAAGGAGAGUAAUAGAAGGAUAGGAAGCGGUAUAAUAAACCUGGUCUUGUGUGAGCUUUUGCACUUGUUACAACACAACAAAUGAAGGCAAGCACAUGCAUGCACAAGCUAUGUAUAAAUUAGCUCACAGUCAAUUUUUGAUGACGUUGCUCCUGUUCAGAGUAUUUUAAGGCACAGUUGAAUAGUAAGAGAUGGUAUGUUAUGCAAUUAUUGCAAUAAAACCCUACAAAAAAAACCAUCAUCAUGCAGCUAUUUUACUUAUUCUAAGCAAUAUAGUGUUUUCCACACUUCCUGAAUGUGUUCGAAUAGUCACAUGUUAUUUUGAACAUUUACUUCUCAUCAAGAGCCUAUACAUCCUGUUUGGUUAACCUGUUAUUAGCUUUAUUGUAGAAUUAACAUCAAAAUGAAGAUAUUGUGACCUUUUAAGUUGACCUGUAUUUCUGUUGAACCCCUUAGCAACUUUUUUGUUUUAUGUACUUUCUCUCUUGGGCUGGAAAGUUUUGUGUUUUUAUUUUUUUCCCACCAGAGGUGGUUGUAGUUUUGCUAGUUUUUUUUUUCAGGUUUUUUUUUUUACUUUAUUGGUCUUUGUUUUCUGUGAUGUUACCAUAGUUAGGCUUUAUGCUGGCUACAGCAGCAGGUUCUGUCCAUAUAGCCGACGAAGCUAAUCCUCAUCCUGAUGUCCGGUCUUCCAAAUGUUAAUUAUUAAAAUUCAUGUGUUACUGGCUUCACAUUGGACCUAUACUUACAUUAACCUUGUGACCAGUUCUGAUUGAUUUAAUAACUGUAACUCGAGAAUCUAACCUGUGGGAUAAUUUCGUCUUAUAAUUUAUAGUUAUAGUUUGGGUAAGAGGCUGCUUUAACAACAAGGUGAAGCUGAAAUCUUAUGAAACCAUUUCCAAAUCACUUUAAUUAUAGUUAAUCCCCUUAAAGGUCUAGAAGCAACAAGUCCACUCAAUGUUUUUCGGGUGUAUCCUUUGCCACUGUGUAUUUUUGCUUUAGCUCACAAUAUUAUUUUUUGAGUUCUUGGUUACAUUUACUAUUUCAUUGGAGAAGGCAUAUAAGGAGCAGGAGUUAAAGAUUUUAUUUUAUAUAUUUCACAGUUUUGCUCCAAUUACUGGACGGUCAUUUAGUACAGAGAGGGCGUUUUUGGGGAUAAAUGUACCACAUUCAAAAGUUUCCUAUGAAAAAAAUGUGUUUUUUUUCCCGAACAAAAUUGUGCCUUACAAUAAAAUAAAAAUGUUUCUUGACAGUAUUGAUCGAUGAAAUGUUCAAUAAACAUCUAAA